GUUAAACUCCAAACCCAAAGUUUUCAAUCUCCCACUCACGCAUACAAUGGCAAAAACAAUAGCCUUUCUAGCACUUUCCCUUCUAGUCCUUACCCUAGUUCAAGCCCAGCACCCGGUCUCCCGGGGACGGGCCCGAUCUAGGGCUAGGGCGUUCAUUGAGUCGCAAUGCGAGACAACACUCUAUUCCACUAUGUGUGUAAAGUACUUAUCACCCUACGUUGCUAGCUUCACAAAAACCCUAAGUCACCGACAACUCGCCCAGAUCGCACUGAAAGUCACCCUAGCUAGGGCCGAGUCAACACAAGCCUACAUCACCGAAGUGGCCCAGAGGCUGAACAGGACCAAGGGCCCGGAGUCCCGAUCCGUGAGGGAGUGUUUGGAUCAAAUAAAUGAUGGGGUGGAUCAGCUCACAAAAUGCAUCAAGGAGGCGCACCACAUAAAGGAAGAUGGGGGAAGUAGUAGUAGUGACUUCACAUGGCAUGCAAGCAACGUCCAAACAUGGAUGAGCACUGCAUUGACCGACGCAAGCAUGUGCAUCGAUGGGAUCUCGGGGCGGGCCAUCGGGGGGAAGAUGAAGGCCUUGAUCAAAGCUAGGGUUCUCAAUCUUCAACAGGUUACUAGCAUUGCGCUGGCCUUGUUCAAUAGAUUUGCUGCAAGAUUUAGGGCUGCUCAUGUUGUCAAACCCUAG